AUGUCCGCCACAAAGACCAAGGUCCAGUCCAUCAUCGACGAGAACCCCGUCGCUGUCUUCUCCAAGUCGUACUGCCCAUACUGCCGCCAGGCCAAGCAGCUGCUGAGCGACAGCGGCGCAAAGUUCUACGCCAUUGAGUUGGACCAAGUCGAUGAUGGCUCCGCCAUUCAGUCCACCCUUGGCGAAAUGACCGGCCAGACCACCGUCCCCAACAUCUUCAUCGCCCAGAAGCACAUUGGUGGAAACAGCGAUUUGCAGGCCAAGAAGGGUCAGCUCAACAACCUGCUCAAGGAUGCUGGUGCCGUCUAA